AUGGACGUCUUCUCGACAACGUCCUCCGCAAUUUCCCGUAUCACAGCAAAUAAUGUUAUGGCAGACCACCGGAUAGUCCACCAAGCUGUACAAGACAGCACCGUCAUUGUCGUUGGGAUGGACCUUAUCCACGAACGUGUUGGUUCCACAGAGACUCUCAUCGUCGACAUGCAGACACACACGGUUGGCCGUACCACACUGGUCGUCUUGGCAGCACGAAACCUCGUGGUCACCCUUGGCGACCGAGAGCAGCAUCCAAAAGCAAACAGCAAGAGACAAGCGGGACAUCAUGGUACAGUAACGUGCUUAAUUUGGGGAUACUAUAUCUUUUAUGUAGAGCAGAUGAAAAAGUAG